GUUCACUGCAGUGCGCGUCCCUAGCGUCACUGCCGGACCCACCGCUCGCUCCAGCGUUGGCUUUCCCAGGGGGGGUGCCUGGAAAGCAGCACUCAGGUGGGGGGAUCGGUGUCACCCGCUGGGUUUGAUGGUGAAGCCGGUGGUGACGGGGUUAAGCCCAGGGGGUGAGUAACUCCUGCUCCCAGAAGCUGCUUGGGCAGCUUUCCUGGAGGAGGAGAGGCUUCUGGAGACUAAUUCUGACUGAGCUCUGCUUUCUCUUUCAGCAAAGUACCUUAAAGAUGGAUAUAGAAGACUGUAAUGGACGAUCUUACAUAUCUGGUAGUGGGGAUUCCUCCCUGGAGAAGGAGUUCAGCUCGGCCAUCGUGGGACCCACGGUGAGCACCCCCAACAGCCAGCACUCCUCCCCGAGCCGCUCUCUCAGUGCGAACUCAAUCAAGGUGGAGAUGUACAGCGAUGAGGAAGCCAGCCGGCUGCUCUCCCAGGAUGACCGGCUGCUGGAGAAGGAGGACAGCGUGAUCGUGGAGGACUCGCUUUCCGAACCGUUGGGCUACUGCGAUGGGACGGGCCAGGAGCCGCACUCCCCCGGGGGCAUUCGGUUGCCCAACGGCAAGCUGAAAUGCGACAUCUGCGGGAUGGUGUGCAUCGGCCCCAACGUGCUGAUGGUGCACAAGCGCAGCCACACCGGAGAACGACCGUUCCACUGCAACCAGUGCGGAGCCUCCUUCACCCAGAAGGGCAACCUGCUGCGGCACAUCAAGCUGCACUCGGGCGAGAAGCCCUUCAAGUGCCCCUUCUGCAACUACGCCUGCCGCAGGAGGGACGCGCUCACCGGCCACCUGCGCACGCACUCCGUGUCAUCCUGGUUUCCUCCCCCCACCGUCGGCAAACCCUACAAGUGCAACUACUGCGGCCGCAGCUACAAGCAGCAGAGCACGCUGGAGGAGCACAAGGAGCGGUGCCACAACUACCUGCAGAGUCUGAACACUGAACCGCAAUCGCUGGCCGGCCAGCAAGGUGAGGAGAUGCGAGACCUGGAGAUAGUGCCGGAGUCCCUGCUGCACCCCCCGGCCGAGCGGCCGGCGUUCAUCGACCGGCUGGCCAACAGCCUGACCAAACGGAAACGCUCGACACCUCAGAAAUUCGUGGGCGAGAAGCAGAUGCGAUUCACCCUCUCGGACCUGCCCUUCGACGUGAACUCCGGCUUCGAGAAGGACGUGGAGAUGGUCUCAGCCCACCACCCCCUGGACCCCUCCUACGGCAGCUCCCUGUCGCUGAUGGGGGGCGAGCACCUUCGCCCCCUCCGCCUGCCCCCCACAAACUGCAUCUCGGAGGUCACCCCCGUCAUCAGCUCCGUCUACACCCAGAUCCAGCCGCUCCCGGGUCGGCUGGAGCUGCCGGGAAGCCGGGAAGCCACCGAGGGGCACGAGGAUGUACCGGAUGGGGUACAGGUGGUCUACCGGAGCCGGGAACCGGGCGUUUCGCCCACCAACGGCUGCCAGGACUCGACGGACACGGAAAGCAACCACGAAGAACGGAGCUCGCAGCUGCCGGCGGGGAGCUGCGCCAGCAGCCGCCAGAGCCCAGCCUACGCCAAAGAGGACCCCAAAGUGCCGGAGGGACCCCCGGCCGCCCGUUCUACCCCCAGCUCCGCCAAAGAAACCCUGCGGGUGGUCAAUGAGGAGGGGGAGCAGAUCCGGGCGUUCAGGUGCGAGCAUUGCCGCAUCCUGUUCUUGGACCACGUCAUGUUCACCAUCCACAUGGGCUGCCACGGCUUCAGAGACCCUUUCGAGUGCAACAUCUGUGGCUACCACAGCCAGGACCGGUAUGAGUUCUCCUCCCACAUCGUGCGGGGCGAGCAUAAAGUCGGCUAAAUUUGCCCCC